AUGUUAAAAACGAUUAAUAAAUCGUCUCCUCUCAUUGAUUUGAGCUGGAUACGUCAUUUCGUGGACGAUCACAACUUCUCCGAUGAAAAUAGGGAGCUGUUGAUUCGAUUUUGGAAUCGUGUGUUUAGAGAACUCUUAUUAGUUAAAGAAGCCACUGAUAAGGUUGAAUUUUAUGAUUCAGAUUCUGAUGAAGUCUCUGCUGAUGAGGUUUCCCGCAUCAAUCGAGCUCUGACACAGAUUGAAUUCUUUCAAACUGUGAAGGAUGAGUAUAAAGAAAAGGUGUUUCAGAAACUUGUGGAUGCUAAAAAGGAAAAGAUGGACUAUAGUCAAUUGAUGGCCCUUCAGAAUGAGAUAGAAAAUCUGACUAUGACAUACUAUGAGGAAUCCAUCUACCAUUGUCAACCUGCGCUGAUGAGGUUGUUCAUUAACAGUGAUUUACCCUGUGCUAAGGAUUUCCUUAAAGGUCAAUUUAAAGUUGAUAAGAAUAGUGGUGAUACAUCUUCAAGGAUUAAGAUUAUCCCCCAUUCUAAAGGGAAUUCUAGUGAGAAUUCGAAAGAUUAUAUGGAUUUACUUACUUCGGAAGAGAAGAAUAUGCUUUCUUUCUUUGGUCCCUAUACCCUUGAAUGGCUUUUAAUUCAUGUAUUAAGCAGUUUAUUCAGAAUUCAAAGUAGCGUAAGGUGUGCUUCCAUGAUCGAAAGGAUUGAAUCCCUCGUGCGUCGAAACGCUCAUAUAUUGAGCCAUAAAGAUGGUAACCCUAGUACACAUACUCCUGUAUCCACAUACUGUAAAAAGGAGUCUAAUAACUCUAUUAGUUACCCUUUCGGUACAGCUUUGAUCGAAUUUAUGGUUGAACGAGGUCUGAUAGACCUCAAGGUACGGGAUGUAUUAUCUGUACAAGGUGGGAAUAAACCCGAAAUCAAAAAGAAGAAGGGUUAUCGUUAUCGUUCCAGCGCUCUCUACGUAGAGUGUAAAUUCGACACAUCUCUUCUUCCUAUGAAACUCCAACUACCCAUGGUGUGUAUGCCAAGGGAUUGGAGCUAUGAUGUUUCUGAAAGCCAAAAUUCUGAAUACUUGAACAUAAGUUCUCUUUCAGGAGGGUACCUUAAUGACCAUUUAAAUGAUGGAAACAGCCUUUUGAGUACGGGUGACAUAUCGAAUUUCUUUCUUUAUUUUGGUAAAAGUAAGAAAAAUGAGAGUCAUAAGAAGGCUCAAUCUCUUUGCACGGUUAUGAAUAAGCUGCAAAAUCAGGGUUUUAAAAUUAAUGAAGGAUUUCUCAACUUUCUUAAAAGAAAUGAUGAUUUUUUGGUUAGAAAAGGGUUUCUGAUGCCUGAGUUAAGAAUCAAUUUCAAAGAAGUUAUUGAUAAAGUACGACAGUUGUACUUGGAUGAGGAUCGAAGUUUUCAUACAUCCGUAAACUUCGACGCUGUCAUGCAUGUUCUGUCUACUAACAUUCAACGGGCUCGUUAUGAGCGAACUGUAAUAGAAACGGCUUCUGCCUACGUUGGCUAUACAUUUUAUCUGCCUGCUUUUCUUGACUUCCGAGGUCGAAUCUACCGCAGUGGUAUCUUGCAUUUCCAUGAGCGUGAUCUCGCUCGGAGUCUUAUUCUCUUUAAUAAUGUGAAUCUUUCUAAAUAUCAGAACUGCGAUCUUCGUAAGGUAUAUGAUACCUAUCUUACGGCUGGAGGGUUCCAUAGGCAGUCUUUCACGUCUAAUAAGGAUGCUUAUGUUUAUUUUAAUGCACAAAUUGAUGAAAUAUCAUCAAUGGAUGAAAAGAGUCCGAUGGAAUUGUCACCAUCUGUUCGUGAAUGUAAAAACAUAGAUGAAGUUUAUAUUCUCUAUUCUUUGGGUGCUAAAAACCCGUUUCAGUACUUGAUGUUUCUGUCGGGUGUUUUAAAGAUUAAUUAUUAUCAGUAUAGAAGAUCAUCUGUCGAAUACUUAUUAAGCGUCCCUAUUACCCAAGACGCAUCGGCUAGUGCCUACCAAAUAAUAUAUAUCAUAUUUGCUGUUGAAUGA